AUGAGGUCUCACAUGCUUCAUCAUCCUCUCCCGAGUCAACUCGAUCCCCACCCCGAGUCAGCUUCGUCUUCCAUGGCGGAUCCAGGGUUUGCUCUCCAGGACAGAGAGAGUGAAACCGAAUCGUCCAAAAAUCCGACCCGUAAGCGAUCUAGACUUAACCGGAGUUCCAUCUACGUCUCAUCCAGACGUCAUCAAAAACCCGAAGAAGAAGAGACAAAUAAAAUAGCAGCAGCAGAUAUCAAGACGAUGGAGGUUGGUCUUAAAACGAGUCAAGAACUCAGUGAGUCGUGUACCGAGCAGGAACCGGUGAGCUCGGUAUCUGACGCAGCGAUAGCGGAAGAAGACGUGGCCUUUAGUCUGAUGAUGCUAUCGAGAGACAAGUGGGAGGAGGAGAGUGAUGGUGAGAUCAGAUGGGAGAAGAAGAAGAUGAAGUGGUUCGAGUGCGAGACUUGCAAGAAAGUGUUUAAGUCGUAUCAGGCGUUGGGUGGCCACAGAGCAAGCCAUAAGAAGAAGAGAGCUCUUGAAGGCUCUUCUUCUUCUUCUGCGAUUCUUGUAUCAGACGAGAAGAAGAAGAAGAGGAGCAGUGGCCAUGAAUGUCCAAUCUGUUUGAAGGUUUUCUCAUCUGGCCAAGCCCUCGGAGGUCACAAAAGAUCUCACGCCACCCCCGCCGGAUUAGACAAUAAUUCUCCGGCGAAAAGACGAAUGAUUAGCUUCAUAGAUCUCAAUCUCCCGGCGCCUUCGGAGGAAGAAGACUUGGUCUCUUCCGUUUUCAAUGCGUGA